UGUAAAUAAAAUAGUAACAAGUUAUUAACACAAAAAUUUCAUACCUACCUUCAAUAACUAAAGCAAAUGCAGAUGUUAAUGAUGAAAGUACCUCACUAAUAAUGUGAGAAUUAUAACAUUUAGAAAAGCCAAUGGGAAAAGUUAUUUCUUUCUAAAAUAUAAUUACUAUGCAGUUGUACCUCAAUUAUCUGAACCUCUGUUAUCCAAACUUUUUCACCACCUUAAACCCUAAAUUUCAUGUUUUUACAUUUUUGGGUACAUUGAGGCUACAGUUUCCAAAUUUUUGUUAUAGAAUAUUUAAGUGGAGCAGUGCUUCCUAUUUGAGAUUGCAAAUCACCGCCAAAGUGACAGAAAAAUAUCUUCGAAUCUUAAUCUUCUAUUUGCUACCAUGGACCUUGCAAAUGAUUGCAACGACACUUCUGGAGACAGAAUUAGAGAUACACCUCUGCAUUUGGCGAUAAGGGAAAAUCAGCCUGAGACAUUCAAUCUUCUUUUAGAGGAGAGUAACCUGAACGCAAGAAAUCAAAAUGGUGAAACAUCACUUCACUAUGCAGCUUUGCAUAACCGCCCUGAAUUCGCAAAGACACUUAUAGAUAAUGGCGCCAUUGUUAACGUUAUCGACCUUUGUUCACGAACGCCACUUGAUGUCGCCUUGGAGGUAGAAAACGUUAAAGUAGCAGAAGUUUUGUUUAAACAUGGUGCUGUUUUAAGUGACUACGAUUUGAAAUACAUGGGACCUCUUCGUUCCGCAGUUAGAAAAGGAAAUUUGGAAAUGGUAAAACUGCUCAUGGCGAAUGGAUGUAACAAAGUCGAUGUUCCAAAAGAUGAUGCCAGUUAUAUCGAAUCUUCUCUUAAAUUCGCAGUAUCGUCCGAUCGUUUGGACAUUCUAGAAUAUCUCAUGAAGAAUGGGGUAAAAAGCAGCGCAACAGUUAAUCAGGAUAAAUUACACUUAUUUACAGCAAUUGCUUCGGGCUACGGUAAUUUGGCUACUUUAAAAUGUUUAGUCGAUCUUGGUUUUAAGACGAAAGCGGCAGAUUCUGUAUUUUAUACUUCAAUGUAUAUAAAUAUCCAUGACGUGUGGCAGUAUUUAUUAAAAUGUUUCUCGAAAAUUAAUGCAAAAACCUAUUAUAAAGAGAAGCAGAUUCAUUUUUCUAUUCGAAUGGGCCAAGUGGAAUCUGUUACAACAAUCGUAAACGAACCAAGAAAUAAAUAUAAAUUGAACGCUUUCGAUAGACAAUUGGCUGUUUACAUUGCUGCUGAAAGUGGCAAUGAUGAAAUACUAGAAAUCCUUUUGAAAGCUCAUUAUCCUGUUGAUAGUUUAUUUAAGAAAACAAGUGCUUUACACGUUGCAGCAACAUUCGAACACCCGAGACUAGUGAAACUGCUAUUGGAAGCUGGAGCUGAUGUUAAUUUACAAACUGAAGAUGGUCUCACUCCAUUAUAUUUCGCAGCAUGUGCAGCACAGCCAGCUGUAGUGAAAUUCCUCCUUGAAAAUGGUGCUGAUCCCUCUAAACCCUCUAAAUCCAGUGAAUCACCGUUGCAAGCGGCUUUGAAGUUAUAUUCGUCCAUAGUUUCUUUCAAACCAAUUUCUCCAUUAGUUUUUGAGAGUUUGGUGAAAGUGACGGAGACGCUAAUUCGGUGUUCAAAAACUGAAAAUGGUAAAGGCUUACUUCCAUAUGCAAUUAGAAUAAGAGUUUCAAAUAACAAUAAUUCAAAUCUGGAAUCAAAGGAAAUAAUAUCGGACCCAUGUGAUUCUGAAUUUCGUCCUGAAAUCAUUAGAUGCCUAUUUAAUUAUCUAAGUGAUGAAUUAAUUGAAUAUAUUUCUGAAAUAGUGGUAAAUAAGUCGUUUCCAGUAGAACAGACACCGGCAUUGUUUCACCUUCUGAUGGAAUAUAAUGAUUUCAACUGGUGUUUUCAUAUCAGAAUAGAUGAUGUGGAGAAUAAGUACAAGUGCCAAGUGCUCCUAACUAGUUACUCUAGAAACAUUGAUAAUCUUUUAUAUACUGCAAAGCACAUUAUCUUGUAUAAGGAUGGUAACAUAUACAAAGAGUUCGAAAUAGAUGGUCAAAUAGUUUUUUUAAAGUUGAUAGUCUCACGAUUAGUUUUGUUGACUACUAAUUGUUAUCUACCUUUUAUUGAAUUUUGUUUAGAGAAUGAUCUUAAUGAUUGGCGAGAAAAGUGCUUGAAAGAGGAGGUGGACAUGAAAAACACGAAAAUUAAUGAAAAUAUGAUCGUUACUUUCUACGACGUAUUAACGAAAUCAACAAAUGAAGUUGCAAUGUACGCGAGCAAUAAUGAUUUUUUAAAAGCAAUCGAAUCUUCUCUAACAAAAUUUCCGAUAUAUGCUGAUUUUUUGAAGGUAAAUGCCGAAAUAGCAGAAAGAAGAAGAAAUUUCAUCAACGACUGUGUUAAUUUAAUGUUAAAUUUGGUUCAAAACCGUCAUAGAAUUCGAAUUUCUACAGCUGAAAUCAAUGGGAUUUUCAAAUAUCUGUCAAUUGUAGAUUUGAGAAGAUUUUCAGCAGCUUUUUGCUAAAAUGUAAUUUUAAUACAUUUAAGACAAAGAUCAGUUUUUAUGUAUAAUUUGUUGUGAAUUUUCCUUCUACGAUGAAGAAAUUUUCAUUUAAGGAUUCCUUCUCAUCAAUGUUAUAGAAUAUGGUUUAAAUUUUAUAAAUAAUUAUUAAUAUAACAUUAAUUUUAGAGUUUAAAUUUAUAGACGUAUAUUGAGAUUACACGGUAAACUAAGCUUUACGCUUUAAAACAAUGUUUUGUACGUCGACACAUUAACAUUAACAAAUUGAACGCUUUUUAAAAGUUUGUUUAAAAUAUUUUAAUAAUGUGACAUUGAAUAAAAAAUCAGCUUUUUCAUCCCUCAGUGAGUUCUUUAUUUUUAUAUUCACUUAUGACAACCUGUAAGUAAUAAUGCUUUUUAUAAAAUACUUUAUUAAAUAAUACAGUAUUUUUAGUUUUAUCAUUUAUAUACGCGAUUUUAAUAUUUUAAUAUACUUUGCUCCGGGACUCCCAUUUGUAAUUGCAUAUUAAAUACAUUCAUUUAGUAUAUAUUUUCAAGUUCUACAUAAAUCUUAUUUUUUAAAUUUCAGAAUUUUAGAAGUUUAAUAUUUUCGACUGCAAUGAACGAAAAGCGAUAGAAUAGGAAAUCAAAAGAUACACGCAGAUUAAAUUAACAACAUACAAAUUAAACAAAAUCAUAUUGAUGUUAUAUUUUUACUAUGCAUGAAAUUUAAUGCAAAUUUAAACCAAGUCAACAAUUACUAACUACCUAACUAACAACCAUUACUAUCUUACUAACUUAAUAACUAACUCACUAAGUUAGUAAGUUAGUAACUAAGCUAGUUAGUUAGAUUGGUAGUUAGAUUGUUAGUUAGUUAGUAGUAUUUUAUUAAAUAUUAAAAUAUGAAGUGUCGGAGUUUUCAAAAUAAUCAAAGCCAUUCUAUAAAAUUAUGUCGCAGACAAAAUGAAAAAAUUUAUGAAUUUUAUCAGAUUCAUCAUUAUUUUUUUAGUACUGAACCCUUCCUCUUUAAGGAAGCAAAGAGGAUUUAUUUAAAUAAGUGAUACAAACUUUCUUAUUUUUGUUACAGAAUAUUUAAUUGGAGCUGUUUCUCCUAUUCGGGAGUGUAUAGAUCACUAUCAAAGCUUCAGUAAAGUGUAUUUGGAUCUAAUUCUUCAAUUCG